GAUUUCAGGAGUAAUCCAUGUUCGGAUGCUGGUUGCGACGAUGGAGAAGUAUGAGCAGAUGCUAACCAUAGGCCGGGGAGCGACUGCCAAGGUCCUCCUGAUGAGGGACACAGGGACAAAGAAACUGUUUGCCGUGAAAAAAAUCAAGACCGAUCCGUCCAAGAAAACGAGGACCAGAGAGGCAGUGCUUCAGGAGGUGACCAUCCUGGGCAAACUCACGCACCCCCACAUUGUAAGCUGCCACGAGCAUUUCUUUGACAAGGAACACAUGUUCAUCGUCCAGGACUACUGCGACGGCGGCUCCCUGGACGACCACAUUAAGCAGAGGAAGGAGGGCUACUUUCCCGAGAGCACCGUCAUGGAGUGGUUUGUGCAGCUAGCGAUGGCCGUGCAGCACAUCCACUCCAUGAAGAUCCUGCACCGAGAUAUCAAAACAUCCAACGUGUUCCUCACGAAGAAAGGGAUGCUGAAACUGGGGGACUUUGGCAUCUCGAAGGUCAUGAACAGCACCUUGGACAUGGCAAGCACUUUCGUGGGCACUCCCUAUUACCUGAGCCCCGAGCUCUGCGAGGACGUGCCGUACAGCUCCAAGGCAGACAUCUGGGCGCUGGGAUGUGUCCUCUUUGAAACGUGUGCCUUGCGGCCGCCCUUCGAUGGCAUCAGUCUGGUCAGCCUGUUCUACAAGAUUGUGCAAGGCCCCUACGCCCCGGUGCCGGAGUGCUUUUCCGAGCCCCUGCACGGCGUGAUCCAAGCCAUCCUGGAGAAGUGCCCCGCAAAGCGGCCCAGUGCCAGCGGCGUCCUCAACCUCCCGUAUGUCCAGCACCACCUCCAGCUUUUCCUUCGUCACCGAGAGUCCCAGCUCUUCAAGCAGCAACAUCGGGCAAAGCCCCACGAGGAGGACAGCCCGGAUCCCCUCCCUCCCACGCCCCCAAGUCAGACGCUCCCGGCUCACCAAGGGAGGGGCGCCUUCCGGCCAAAGUCAGCACCGCCGUACGUCAGCACACGCAGGCCCGAGCUUUCGGAGCCGGAGGAGCUAGACAGAAGCUCAGAUUACUCCGAGGACUUUGAGCGUGAAAGCGCCUCUUCCACCGAGGAGAACUUAGAAGACGACGUUCCCCUUCCGGGCCUGUCCACGCAGGCCCCACGAGAGAGCGGCCAGGCCAGCCCUCCUGACUCACCCCUGAGCGCGGAUUCACCAGGUACCCUCCCGUGUCCUGUCUGCGCCAUCCCGGAAACCCGAGCAGGGACUCCCACCAGGACUGGCCUUGAGGGCAGGGAUGAGGUGGAGCUGGCAGAUUACCCGGACGAUUUCGAGGAGGUGGAGGAGCCCAGCCUGGAAGCGGUGGUGAGCAGUGCCCGCUGCGCCAUGCAGGUGCCAGCUGACAAUGAGGCGUUCCAGGAGGAUCCCCAAGGGCCCGCUGCUCUCUCGGCCUCCCUGAGGACUCUGCGGGAGACAUGCACAGGGGAGCCCGAUCCGUCCCUGGGCGACCACGUCCCGGCUCAGGCCCAGUUCGCGCCCGAGGAUCUGCAGCCUCACUUUGAGCACCGGAUGGGUCCUGACCACCUGGAGACCUGCUAUCUGCUCCUCAGCUUGGACCAGGAGACAGCCUAGCCCCGGCGGAGCCGUGCCCUGCUGGCGGAAUGCAAACAAGGUGGCCUGAUGGUCAAUGCUGAGUUUUCACUCCGUGCUUGGUAGAGACCAGCCAGACCACAGGCCCGUCCAGCCCAGUGCCCUGCUGCCCAGAGCAGCCCGAGGGAGGGAACCCACCAGGGAAUCCUCACGCGACCCCUCCCCUGUCGCCCAUUCCCAGGUCCAGGGACUCGCCAUUGGAGGGCCUUCCUCCACGCGCCCAGAGUAGCGUCAGCACCGCGCCUGCUGGAACCUGCGGGAGGAGAGGUCGGGGCGGGGGAGAAGUUGCUGCAGGAGCUCUGACCAGUGCAAAGCGAGGGCCUCUCUGCUCACAUGACAGCUCCAUUGGCCUGGGCUUAUCUGGCGGCCCAGGCGAGGGGCUGGAGGAAGCAGCACAAUAGGAAUAAAGGGUUGUGGCGAACGUGAGCAGAAUGGCCGGCGCGGAGCCCCGAGGCACAUGGCACAAGCAGACGCCUCACUCAGCAGCACUUCCGGGAAUCGCCCCAGUCCCUGUCCACAUUGUGUCCCAGCCAAAGACCCAGCGACUUCCCAAUGCUGCAGGCUCUGGCCACGGCAGCGCUGCCAGACCCCUACCAGCAGGGCCGCCUACGGGGGGAAUAAAAGGCAGGUACUCGCAGGGAUUGGCAGCUGGUUCUUGCUGGUACCCCGUACCGGCCUGCUUCCACCUCUGGGGCAGGGUGGGGGUCAGAGGCUGUGCCUGGGGGUUGGUCUUUGUCAGUUCACAGGGCCAGGGCCCAACAGGGUUGUACAUUCUCUUCAACACAGAGCCGAUUAGGGAUAAUGCACGUUAGCGAGCUCACGCCACUUCCCAGGCUCACUCUAGCAAGCGAAAGCACCACAGGACAAUGGCUAAAGGCGUACAAGGCUCUCUGCAGUGCUCGCGUCCCGCUCCGCUCACCUCGCGCCCGGCCGCAGUGGACGUGGCUCCUGCAUGGGGGAAUCCUGCUCAGCCCUCGAGGUUGGGGGCCCGGUUGAGACUCAUCUAGGGGCGGGUCUCCCCGGGAUUUGAUGUUAGCUGUUUACUGAGUGUGCGUGAGCGGGCCCGAUGCCACUGUUAACGUUCCCACGGGGCUGGCUCUCCGCUAGCAAGCAUAGGAAGCUGUGGCCAAUGAAGGGCGUCUGAUAGCUAACACCUGGGGUUUGUGCUUGCAGGCUACGGAUACCAGGCUGUGAUACAGCUAGGAAACUUCCAUCCCUGCUCUCUGAGGCCUGCAGGCAGGCCUGCCAGCACGUCUCAUGACAAUCUUGCUGCCAGCUCUGCCCAAGAGAUCCUUAUUAAGGAUUAACAGGGAGCAGGAAAAUCCUUAGAAAACAAAAUCCUGAAACAGCAUUGCCAAUCCCAAGGGUUCAAACAUCAGGAGCCUGGCCCCAAAUCAUGAGCAUUUAAAACAACUUCAGACUCUUUUAUCUGGAAGCCCAGACACUUCCCUUUUCAGUGAAAGCCAAGAGUCGCACUUAGUGUCCCAAAUUCCAGAGCCUGGUGGGUUAAAAAUACCCACCAAAUCACAAGCCUUGAGAAUGGCCAACAGGAAUUUUUGCAAAGCUCCCUGGCCUUGCUAUUCUAAGCAUGCUCUGUCAGCAACAGGAAUGUUUUCAAACUUGACAAUGUCCCUUUGAAUCUGAGGCCGCUUUGAAGACCAUGCCCGGGGUGCGCAGUUACUGCACUUACCAUGAAAAUAAAGCUACAGUGCAAACAGAGCUAUUGAUUACUAACCGUAUCCAUGCCAGCUUUCCCUAAACAAAGUCUGUAAACUGCUUUGCAGGGGAGCCCAGUUAGUCUGUAACAGGAAAACUUAAAAAACAACCAAUGGUCUGGUAGCACUUGAUAGACUAACAAAACAUGUGGAU